AUGCUUGUUUCGGCUGCGUUCCAGGCUAAAGAGUGCAAUGGCGUCAAGGCUCCAAUUGACACGAGCAAACCUAACCCUAACGAGGUGGAGUUUGAUAACCUCUAUUUGGAUAUGAACGGUAUAAUUCACCCUUGUACGCAUCCAGAAGACAAGCCAGCGCCCAAAAAUGAAGAUGAAAUGAUGGUUGCGAUUUUUGAGUAUAUUGACAGAAUCUUCAACAUUGUAAGACCAAGGCGACUCCUUUACAUGGCUAUAGAUGGAGUAGCUCCACGCGCAAAAAUGAAUCAACAGCGGUCAAGAAGAUUCAGAGCAUCAAAGGAGGGCAUGGAAGCUGCUGAAGAGAAGCAAAAAAUAAGACAAGAAAUUCUGGCAAAAGGUGGCAUUCUUCCUCCAGAAGAAGUGAAAGAGAGAUUUGACAGCAACUGUAUUACUCCAGGAACAGAGUUUAUGGACAAUCUUGCUAAAUGCCUCCGCUAUUACAUCGCUGACCGUUUGAACAGCGACCCAGGGUGGAAAAAUUUGACAGUUAUAUUGUCUGAUGCAAGUGCUCCUGGUGAAGGUGAACAUAAAAUCAUGGAUUACAUUAGAAGACAAAGAGCUCAACCAAACCAUGACCCAAACACUCAUCAUUGUCUGUGUGGGGCUGACGCUGAUCUGAUUAUGCUUGGGUUAGCUACGCAUGAACCAAACUUCACUAUAAUUAGGGAAGAGUUUAAACCAAAUAAACCCAAGCCGUGUGGUCUUUGUAACCAGAUGGGUCAUGAGGUUAAGGAUUGCCAAGGUUUGCCCAGGGAAAAACAAGGCAAGCAUGACCAGUUUGCAGACAGUCUUCCUAUUGCUGAACAAGAAUUCAUCUUCAUCCGAUUAUGUGUUUUGCGAGAGUAUUUGGAAAGAGAACUCACUAUGGCCAGCUUGCCUUUCACUUUUGAUUUUGAAAGAAGUGUCGAUGACUGGGUCUUUAUGUGCUUCUUUGUGGGAAAUGACUUUCUUCCUCAUCUGCCCUCUUUGGAGAUCAGGGAGGGAGCAAUCGAUCGCUUGGUUAACAUAUAUAAGAAUGUGGUGCACAAAACUGGGGGGUACCUCACAGAAAGCGGUUUUGUCAACCUACAGCGGGUCCAGAUGAUCAUGUUAGCUGUUGGAGAAGUUGAAGAUAGUAUUUUCAAAAAGAGAAAAGAUGACGAUGAUAACUUUAAAAGACGACAAAAAGAAAAAAGAAAAAGAAUGAAGAGGGAUCAGCCCGCUUUUAUUCCUGGUGGACAGUUUUCCCCUCAAGCUCUGGGAAAUCGAUCCAGUCCUCAGGCAAUCAGUAACCCUAGACAAGCCGCCUUUGAGAUGAGGAUGCAUGACAGACAGAAUUCUACAACUUCAUCGUCUCCAAACACCAGCAUCACUUCUGAUGGCAGCCCAUCCCUGGGAGGAGGAAUUAAGCGAAAAGCUGAAGAUAGUGACAGUGAACCUGAGCCAGAGGAUAAUAUCAGGUUAUGGGAAACCGGUUGGAAACAGCGCUACUAUAAAAACAAAUUUGAUGUCGAUGCAUCUGAUGAGAAAUUCCGUCGUAAAGUCGUACAGUCCUAUGUGGAAGGGCUUUGCUGGGUUCUCAGAUAUUAUUAUCAGGGCUGUGCAUCCUGGAACUGGUAUUACCCUUUUCACUAUGCUCCAUUUGCUUCUGACUUUGAGGGUAUUGCAGACAUGCCCUCAGAUUUUGAGAAAGGCUCAAAACCGUUCAAGCCUCUUGAACAACUAAUGGGAGUAUUUCCAGCUGCAAGUGGAAAUUUUCUGCCACCGACGUGGAGGAAGCUGAUGACAGAUCCGGAAUCAAGCAUAAUUGACUUCUACCCUGAAGAUUUUGCUAUUGAUUUAAAUGGGAAGAAAUAUGCAUGGCAAGGUGUUGCGUUAUUGCCAUUUGUUGAUGAGCGACGCCUUAGAGCUGCCCUGGAAGAAGUCUACCCUGACCUCACUCCUGAAGAAAGCAGAAGGAAUAGCCUUGGUGGUGACGUUCUCUUUGUUGGAAAACACCAUCCACUUUGUGACUUUAUUGUGGAACAGUACAAGACCAAAAAUACAGAGCCAGUGGAUAUGCCCCCAGAGCUGUGCCAUGGAAUCCAAGGAAAGCUUACACUGAAUGAAAAUGCUGUUCUGCCAGAUCAGACAGUGGAGUCUCCUGUUCCAAUGCUGCGUGACCUUGCACAAAACUCUGCAGUCAGUAUCUCUUUCAAAGAUCCACAAUUCGAUGAAGACUUUGUUUUCAAGGCUGUAGUGUUACCUGGUGCAAAGAAACCCGCUCCAGUUCUGAAGCCAGGAGACUGGGAAAAAACCAACAAUGAUGGCAGGCCUUGGAGACCGCAGCUUGGUUUUAAUCGAGACAGAAAACCAGUCCAUUUGGACCAGUCAGCAUUUAGAACUUUAGGAAGUAAGCGCGGCGUCACUAAAGCACGGCGUUGGUGCCGCCUGUUCGUGCACGCCAGAGCCCGCGUCGUUCACGGCUGCUCGGGGGUGUUCUCCUCAACGGGGGCCGCCUGCAAGGGGAUGAAAGGGGGUGUUCUCCUCAACGGGGGCCGCCUGAAAGGGGGUGUUCUCCUCAACGGGGGCCGCCUGCAAGGGGAUGUUCUCCUCAACGGGGGCCGCCUGAAAGGGGGUGUUCUCCUCAAGGGGGGCUGCCCGCACCCUCCCCUGCGUGCUGAGUGCUGCCAUAACAAGCCCGCGGGCAUGCAUCUUAGACCCCAGGAGUCUUGGCGAGGUCCGACACCCUUGUUUCAACAGACGCUGCAGAGGACUGCUGGGGCUGCUCCUCUUCUUGCCUGGAACCGCAUGCUGCAAUCCCAAAAUCAGUACCAGCCAAGCCAGUACCAGGUGCUGGGCGGACCAAUGAACUACCCACAGAGACCAGAAGAUCGGAUGGACAGGGGAAGACAGGCAUAUGGCCCCGGGAGGCCCUACCCGCUGCCACCUCCCUCAGGAAGAUACAGCUGGAAUUAGCUCUUGACUCCCUUUUGUUGGUGGUGGUGUUUGUUUGUUUGUUUUUAAGUAUAGAAAAUGUACGGGGUUUUGGUUUGGUUCUUCUAUUAACUGGGGGGGGAGAAAUGGAAUCCUUAAGAAACAUCCCAGUAGUUUUUAAACUAUGAUACUUGGUUUAAAUGUGCACAUUUCUAACCAAAUCGAUUUUUUUUUUUUUUUUUCCUAAUUAUUUGGGGGGCGGGGGGGAGCUACGUCGCUUGGAAAUAGCGCGUUGCAAACUAGGAGUACGCUAGACCUGCUGAUCCGCCCGUGAGGCCUUGGAUGGGGUGGAAGUGCCGGCGCCCCCGGCGCGUACACGAGCUGCGCCUGCCAGGCUGAACCCCAAACGCGCUCUGCUUCCCGCCCGAGAGCCCGCACGCGGACGCGGAGUUAUAAAGAAUGUGUAGAAAUCGGAUUUUAUUCACUCCGGGGGAAGACCCAGCGGGCAGCCUGCGGAGCGCGGUGUUCCAGGACGCAUCCCUCGCCAUUCCCUGUCGGACGCUUCCUUGAAUUUCUCACGACGAGAGAAGUUUUUUGGUUUUUUUUUGGGGGGGUUUUUUUUUUGUUUUUGGACUCUGAAGUAAAACAUUUCAACUUUUACAACUUGUGCCUGGUUUUGGCUUUUGUUAUUGUAACAUAAAGGAGCACGGGAAGUGUGUUUGUCUGAUUUGAUAUAUAAUUUAAACCAGCUGCGAAGUACAGAGUUGCCAUUCCUUUUUAGCACUCUUUUUAGGGGUUUUCCAUGUGAGUGUACCAAAUCGGUAAAUAUUUUUAUUUGCUUUAU